UACAUUAACAUCUUGAGGGAUUGUUUCGUCGUGUCGAGUUUUGCGACAAUAAAAAUUCAAUUAAAAUAAAAACAUUACUGUGUUUUAUGGAAGUAAAGAUUUAGAUUGAAAUAUCUUUGGUGGUUUCACAUGUUCCUAGAUUUACAACCCUGACUGAAGUCAGUAAAGCGAACAUUCAACGUUAUAUCCUACUCUGAUCAUGGUAUUCUUUAGACGUUACCUUGUCCGGUUGUUCCGGCUGCGGAACCUAGUCACGUUUACGAUCAUACUGAUCAUUCUCUACAUGAUCAAGACCAUCAGCAACAUCACCAUAGACUCUGAUAGCCCCGCGCAAGAGGCUCAAGUAAAGCCGGUCGACGCUCCAGAGAAACCUCCGUAUUUUGUGCCCACAAGUGCAAAGAAAAAAGACUGGCACAACUACACACAAAUAAGAGAAGACCAGAAUCGAGAGGGUAUUGGAGAACACGGGCAGCCAGCCGAAUUGCCGGAGAAGGAUAGUGCUUUGGAAGAGCGGCUUUACGCUGAGAAUGGCUUCAACGGAGCCCUAAGCGACAGGAUUCCUUUGAACCGGUCUCUGCCGGAUAUCAGGCACCCCGGCUGCAAAAAGAAGCUGUACAUCGAAUCUCUGCCAACCGUCAGCGUGGUGGUUCCCUUCCACAAUGAGCAUUGGAGCACUCUGCUGCGGACAGCGUACGGGGUCCUCAACCGGUCGCCUCCACACCUGCUCAGGGAGAUAUUUCUAGUCGACGACGCUAGUACCAAAAAGUUCCUCAAGAAGGAUUUAGACGACUACGUGGCCAAGUACAUGCCCAAAGUGAGGGUAGUGCGACUGGCCAAGCGGGGCGGGCUCAUCACCGCGCGGCUGGCCGGCGCCAAGCUGGCCACCUCGGACGUGCUGAUAUUCCUGGACUCGCACACCGAGCCCAACGUCAACUGGCUCCCACCGCUGCUGGAGCCCAUAGCGCUAAACUACCGAGUAGUGAUGUGCCCAUUCAUCGACGUGGUGGCGUACGAUACCUUCGAGUAUCGCGCGCAAGACGAAGGUGCUAGAGGAGCCUUUGACUGGGAAUUCUUCUAUAAGCGGCUGCCCGUGAUGCCUAAGGAUGAGAAGAACAUGCCGGAGCCUUUCAAGAGCCCAGUGAUGGCGGGCGGUCUAUUCGCGAUCUCAGCGGUGUUCUUCUGGGAGCUCGGCGGCUACGACCCCGGCCUCGACAUCUGGGGCGGCGAGCAGUACGAGCUCAGCUUCAAGAUUUGGCAGUGCGGCGGCGCCAUGUACGACGCGCCGUGCUCGCGCGUGGGCCACAUCUACCGCAAGUUCGCGCCCUUCCCCAACCCGGGACACGGAGACUUCGUCGGCAAGAACUACAGACGCGUAGCCGAAGUAUGGAUGGACGAGUACGCUCAAUACUUAUACAACCGGCGGCCGCAGUACCUCAGCAUCGACCCCGGAGACAUCUCCGAGCAGAAGGCGCUGCGCCAGCGGCUCAAGUGCAAGCCCUUCCGCUGGUUCAUCACCCAGUACCUCAGCAUCGACCCCGGAGACAUCUCCGAGCAGAAGGCGCUGCGCCAGCGGCUCAAGUGCAAGCCCUUCCGCUGGUUCAUCACCCAGUACCUCAGCAUCGACCCCGGAGACAUCUCCGAGCAGAAGGCGCUGCGCCAGCGGCUCAAGUGCAAGCCCUUCCGCUGGUUCAUCACCCAGUACCUCAGCAUCGACCCCGGAGACAUCUCCGAGCAGAAGGCGCUGCGCCAGCGGCUCAAGUGCAAGCCCUUCCGCUGGUUCAUCACCCAGUACCUCAGCAUCGACCCCGGAGACAUCUCCGAGCAGAAGGCGCUGCGCCAGCGGCUCAAGUGCAAGCCCUUCCGCUGGUUCAUCACCCAGUACCUCAGCAUCGACCCCGGAGACAUCUCCGAGCAGAAGGCGCUGCGCCAGCGGCUCAAGUGCAAGCCCUUCCGCUGGUUCAUCACCCAGUACCUCAGCAUCGACCCCGGAGACAUCUCCGAGCAGAAGGCGCUGCGCCAGCGGCUCAAGUGCAAGCCCUUCCGCUGGUUCAUCACCCAGUACCUCAGCAUCGACCCCGGAGACAUCUCCGAGCAGAAGGCGCUGCGCCAGCGGCUCAAGUGCAAGCCCUUCCGCUGGUUCAUCACCCAGGUUGCAUUCGACUUGACACUAAAGUACCCACCAGUGGAACCAAAGCCAUUUGCGGAAGGAAGGGUAAAGCCAGUGAUCGACCCAAGCUUCUGUAUCGACGCGCACCAUGGCGGACAAACAGAUAUCUUACAACUGCGGAAGUGCUCCGAUGCCGAUACCGUAGAACAAGAGUUCGUGCUGUCCUGGCACAAGGACAUCAAGGGACGAAUGGACGAGUUGCAACUGCGUAAGUGCUUUGACGUCGCCACUGCAGAACAAGAGUUCGUGCUGUCCUGGCACAAGGACAUCAACUUCUGUAUCGACGCGUACCACGGCGGACAAACAGAUGUCUUACAACUGCGGAAGUGCUCCGACGCCGAUACUGCAGAACAAGAGUUCGUGCUGUCCUGGCACAAGGACAUCAAGUGUAAGAAGAGGAACAUGUGCUGGGACCUGCCCGACGCGCGGCCGCGGCGCAGCCUGCAGCUGUAUGCCUGCCAUCUUGGUGGCGGCAACCAGCUGUGGCGGUACCGCCCGUCAACACAACAAAUAAAGCAUGGCGGCAACGAAAACUGCGUGGAGUUCGAUCGCGCCACACACGCGCUUUACAUUAACCCGUGCGACGCGACCAGAGACACACAGCGCUGGAGCAUAGACAAGGUAGACCUCGACACCAUCGCCAAGUGGGACACCAUGCCGUUGAAGGUCACAGGCCCUGUGGAGGAGUAUAAGUAA